CGGUCUCACUGGCGCUCGUAUCGGCUUGGAGGACCCGGAAGUCGCGUCUCUUUCUCCUUCCCUUCUAAGCCGGCGGUAAGAUGGCGGCAACCGCGGACUGUGAUGUGAUGAUGGCGUCCGUAGAACCGGAGAGGAGUGCGGAGGAGCGGGAUCGGGAAGCUGAAGCUUGCAAAGAGAAGGGGAAUGCAUUCUAUGCACAGAAGGACUACAACGAAGCUUACAACUACUACACUAAGGCCAUUGAUUGCUCAAGCAAAAAUGCCAGUUACUAUGGUAACCGAGCGGCUACCCUGAUGAUGCUUGGGAAGUUCCGGGAGGGGCUGGAAGAUGCUCAGCAAGCCGUCCGGCUUGAUGACGCCUUUGUGAAGGGUCAUCAACGAGAAGGGAAGUGUCACUUAUCUCUGGGAAAUGCUAUGGCUGCUACACGCUGUUUCCAGAAGGUGUUAGAACUGGAGCCAAACAACGAACCAACGCGGCAGGAGUUGAAGAACGCGGCAGCUGUCUUAGAGUAUGAAAGGAUUGGAGAAGCUGACUUUGACAAACGGGAUUUCAGGAAGGUUGUGUUCUGCAUGGACCGAGCCUUAGAGUUGGCCCCUGCCUGCCACCGCUUCAAAAUCCUCAAAGCAGAAUGCCUGGCGCUUCUUGGCCGCUACCCGGAUGCUCAGUCUGUUGCUAGCGACAUCUUACGGAUGGACUCCACGAAUGCUGAUGCGCUUUACGUGCGGGGUCUCUGUCUAUACUAUGAAGACUGCAUCGAGAAGGCCGUACAGUUUUUUGUGCAGGCUUUGAAAAUGUUCCCCGAUCACCAGAAAGCGCGACUAGCCUGCAGGAAUGCCAAGGCCUUAAAAGCCAAGAAGGAAGAAGGCAACCAGGCAUUUAAAGAAGGAAACUACGAACUGGCCUACAGACUUUACUCAGAAGCGCUUAGCAUAGACCCCAACAAUAUCAAAACGAACGCCAAACUAUACUGUAAUCGUGGCACUGUCAAUGCAAAGCUUAAGAAACUGGACGAGGCCAUAGAGGAUUGUACGAAUGCAGUAAAACUGGAUGAAACCUACAUUAAGGCGUAUUUACGGAGGGCACAAUGUUAUACAGACACAGAACAGUAUGAAGAAGCAGUUAGGGAUUAUGAGAAGGUUUACCAAACAGAAAAUACAAAAGAACACAAGCAGUUCCUCAAGAACGCACAGCUGGAGUUAAAGAAGAGCAAGCGGAAAGAUUACUACAAGAUUCUAGGGGUAGACAAGAACGCGUCAGAAGAUGAAAUCAAGAAAGCGUACAGAAAACGAGCGCUCAUGCAUCAUCCAGACAGACACAGUGCUGCAACUACAGAAAUUCAGAAGGAGGAAGAGAAGAAAUUUAAAGAAGUUGGUGAGGCCUUUACAAUCUUGUCUGAUCCGAAGAAGAAAGCUCGCUAUGAUAGUGGGCAGGACCUGGAGGAGGAUGGCAUGAACAUGGGAGAUUUCGAUGCCAACAAUAUAUUUAAGGCAUUCUUCAGUAGUCCUGGAGGAUUCAGCUUUGAAGCGUCCGGACCUGGAAACUUCUUCUUCCAGUUUGGUUAGCACGCCCAUGUCCCUCCGCUCUCCCAAACUCCUUGUUAUCCCACCUGCUCCUCCCCCAUCUCCCUUCUCUGUUCAAGUGUUUUAACCCGGAAUAAGGACGUUAUUUAAUCGGACUUCUCGCCAUCAGCAGCUUCAUUAUGUCUCUGUUUAUUAGAGAAGUGUUUUUUUUUUAAUUAAUAUUAUUUUGACACCAUCUCGGUUUACAUACCUCUUUGCGUGUGCUUCUGUGUGACGGAAAUCCUAAACGGGGAUCUAAUAAAAUGUAAGAGCCCGAGGAGACCCGAGUAUAAGGGCUCAUGCACACAAAAGUA